GCCUCUCAGCCCCGCCUCCUCCCCCCUCUUUGCUCUCCUCUUUAGCAAAGCUCGGCCCCGCAUUGGUCUUGCACAAAAUUUCUGCGAACCCCGAGUGUAUGCGGAGGGGGAGUGCAGGAGCUGCCCCGGCGCCGGGGUAGGGCAGCUGGGUAACUGGCUUGGCAAGGGGCUGCUUUCUCCCAGCUCCCGACUCCGCAGAGUGGAGACACUCCCCCCGACUCCCCCCACCCCCCACCGCAGCUGCUACUGCCUGCCUCCCGCCGGCUGCCGCGAAAACCCGGAACAGCUGCGUGCGCUCGUGGAAAGUCCUCCUAGGGGCGAAGCCGGGCAGCUGGGCAUGCUCAGUAGCUGGGGGAGGCUUGGGUGGAGAGUAGAAAGCCGCGGCUCUGCCUCCCACCCCCUCCCUCUGGCCCCCGCCCCCCUUGCCCCUACCCAGCCCGUAGUAGUUGCCCGGCGUGCGCCCGCGGAGACCGGGAACAUGGCGCUCCGAGCGAUGUAACAGCCGCGGAGGAGAAGCGGAGGAGGCGCCGCCGCUGCGCUGACAGCCAGCCGCCAGAUGGACAAGACACUCUUGAAAAGCCCCUCCUACACUAGAAGUCUAUGAAACUGGCACCCCAGAAUAACAGCUCUGCCGCCUUGUAUUUCUAUAUCUGUUAUAUUCAGCACAACUCCCUGAGUUAAGGAGAGAAGGUGGCAAGAAUGAGUCAGUAUCAUCAAAAUGAAAUGGGGAGUGCUUGAGGAAAAUGCGUCUAAGUAAAUUAAAGCCGUAAAUGUCCAAUCUGAUGAAAUAUACUGUGGCAAAAUGCUUCCACCUCUUGCCAAAAUGAACACUGAAGAAAAAUGAAGAGCACUGAAGAACUCCGACAAAAAGUUGCAGGACAGAAAUAGCCAAACUCCUCUGGAGUCUGAUUCAUCCACAGCCAUCAAAAAAAGGUUUGCAUCAUGUUCGGAAAGAAAAAGAAAAAGAUUGAAAUAUCUGGUCCCUCCAACUUUGAACACAGGGUGCACACUGGGUUUGAUCCACAAGAACAGAAGUUCACGGGCCUCCCCCAGCAGUGGCACAGCCUCUUAGCGGACACGGCCAAUAGGCCGAAGCCCAUGGUGGACCCUUCCUGCAUCACACCCAUCCAGCUGGCUCCCAUGAAGACAAUCGUUAGAGGAACUAAACCGUGCAAGGAAACCUCUAUCAACGGCCUGCUAGAGGACUUUGACAACAUCUCCGUGACUCGCUCCAACUCCCUAAGGAAGGAAAGCCCACCUACCCCAGACCAGGGAGCCUCCAGCCACGUUCAAGGCCAUCGGGAAGAAAAUGGCUUCAUCACCUUCUCACAGUAUUCCAGUGAAUCUGAUACCACUGCUGACUACACGACUGAGAAGUAUCGAGAAAAGAGUCUAUAUGGUGACGACCUGGAUCCAUUUUAUAAGAGCAGCCACAUGGCCAAGCAAAACGGGCAUGUUACCAAGACCAAACACGGGGAGGCCCACUAUCCUGAGAUGAAGCCUUGGAAAUCCGAUCUCGCCAGAUUUCCCCUUGAUUAUCACACACACUUGGACUCACUGAGCAAACCAAGUGAAUACGGCGACCUCAAGUGGGAGUACCAGAGAGCCUCAAGCAGUUCCCCCCUAGAUUACCCAUUCCAGUUCACGCCUUCUAGAACUGCGGGGACCAGUGGUUGCUCCAAGGAGAGCCUGGUGUUCAGUGAAAGCGAGUGGGGACCCAGCCUGGAUGACUAUGAUAGGAGGCCAAAAUCAUCCUACCUGCAUCAGACCAGCCCUCAGCCCACCAUGCGGCAGAGGUCCAGGUCAGGCUCAGGGCUCCAGGAACCCAUGAUGCCCUUUGGAGGAAGUGCAUUUAAAACCCACCCCCAAGGACACUCAUACAGCUCCUACACCUACCCUCGCUUGUCCGAGCCCACAAUGUGCAUUCCAAAGGUGGAUUACGAUCGAGCACAGAUGGUCCUCAGCCCUCCGCUGUCAGGGUCUGACACCUACCCCAGGGGCCCCGCCAAACUACCUCAAAGUCAAAGCAAAGCAGGCUAUUCCUCAAGCAGCCACCAGUACCCAUCUGGGUACCACAAGGCCACCCUGUACCACCACCCCUCCCUGCAGACCAGUUCCCAGUACAUCUCCACGGCUUCUUACCUGAGCUCCCUGAGUAUCUCAUCCAGCACCUACCCCCCGCCCAGCUGGGGCUCCUCUUCAGACCAGCAGCCCUCCAGGGUGUCCCACGAACAGUUUCGGGCUGCUCUACAGCUGGUGGUAAGCCCAGGAGACCCCAGGGAAUAUUUGGACAACUUUAUCAAGAUCGGAGAAGGGUCAACCGGCAUCGUGUGCAUUGCAACCGAGAAACAUACAGGGAAACAAGUCGCCGUGAAGAAGAUGGACCUCCGGAAGCAACAGAGGCGAGAACUGCUUUUUAAUGAGGUUGUGAUAAUGCGGGAUUACCACCAUGACAACGUGGUUGACAUGUACAACAGCUACCUUGUCGGCGAUGAGCUCUGGGUGGUCAUGGAAUUUCUAGAAGGCGGUGCCUUGACAGACAUUGUCACUCAUACCAGAAUGAAUGAAGAACAGAUAGCUACCGUCUGUCUAUCAGUUCUAAGAGCUCUCUCCUACCUUCACAAUCAAGGAGUGAUUCACAGGGACAUAAAGAGUGACUCCAUCCUCCUGACAAGUGAUGGCCGGAUAAAGUUAUCGGACUUUGGUUUUUGUGCUCAAGUUUCUAAAGAGGUGCCCAAGAGGAAAUCACUGGUUGGCACUCCCUACUGGAUGGCACCCGAGGUGAUUUCUAGGCUACCUUAUGGGACAGAGGUAGAUAUCUGGUCCCUCGGGAUCAUGGUGAUAGAAAUGAUCGAUGGCGAACCGCCCUACUUCAAUGAGCCUCCCCUCCAGGCCAUGCGGAGGAUUCGGGACAGUUUACCUCCAAGAGUGAAGGACCUACACAAGGUUUCUUCAGUGCUCCGGGGAUUCCUAGACCUGAUGCUGGUGAGGGAACCCUCCCAAAGAGCCACAGCCCAGGAACUCCUUGGACAUCCAUUCUUGAAACUGGCAGGUCCGCCAUCUUGCAUCGUUCCCCUUAUGAGACAAUACAGACAUCACUGAGUAGAGGAUUCUACUGGUGGAAUCAAGGUGGAAGAGCUAGAUGAGGACAUGACAAUAAUUCAGGAGAACAUGAGGAACAUGAAAAAGGCCUGUGUACUCGAACCAGCUGAUCGGUGGGACAAUGUGAUGACAGGCAGGGUUCAACAGACCAGGGCAUCUUCUUGUGUCUUAAAACAGGCAUCUCUCCACUGACAGCUGGCGUGGUCAUUUGGAGCACGGCUUUAAUAGUCAUUAUUAUAUUUUUCAGCCCUUCAUCCAGCAAAUCAGAAGGACUCAGUACAAACUCCGUUACGACAUAUCCUAGCCACAUGCAGGGUAACGCAUAGGAUUUUCUAUAUUGAAAGAAUAAUUUUCUGGCAAAAAAAAAAAAAAAAGAAAGGAAAACAAAAAGCACUUUUUUCUUAAUGGUAGCAGUGUAAUGUAUUUUGCAAUGAAUUUGUAAUUUUUCUGUACGAUAGUUUUGAUAAUUUAUAGUACUUUGAUGUCAUGUAGCCAUAGUAUCAGUUGAAGUAAUACCUGUUUACUAGCAAGAGUUUGAACAAAGCCUUUCCUACUUUUUUAUCCCUUUCAGAGAACCAACGAUUCUUUAGGAACUUUGAAUACUGAAUGAUUCUCAAUCACCGUCAGCUUUAGUAGAAUAUCUUUCUUAUCUUAACAAGUGUCUUAUAUGAUGGAGGAAGACUUUAGAGUGAUGGUGAUGGAGGUGCACAUUUCAUUUAUCCAACCAAAAAUAACAAAAUUGGAGCCACAGUAGGCCACCAAGCCACUCCUUGGGAUAAAGCUUAAUCUUUGGAAAAUUCAAAUUUUCCUUCAAGGCUAUUAAUUGCAGACCAGUGUUUGCACAGCAGGGUGUUCCCCUUCCCCAUGCCCUCUCUCCAGUGGGUGUGAUAUUACCCCCUCCCCAAGUGUGGCCGCAUUUCUCACCAAGGAAACAGUCUUCAGUGCUAGGAUCAUUGGACCCAGUUCCCCAAACUGAAUGUUGAAGGAAGACGGAGAAUUCCAGUCUCACCAAGGGAAAGGAGAGAGAACAGGGCAAGGUGUUUGGUUUUGUUUGUCACUGUUUUGAAGACUCUGUAUGCUAGCACACCAAACUCUUGUCUGUAUUUACCUUCGUACCGCAGUAUUAAUUGCUAUUGUUCCUGUAUCGUGCUGGAAGUCAGAACUGACUUUAGAGGAUGAAUUAGGAAAGGGGUAUUUUACCAGGUGUGUUCUGACUUCAGUUGUGACCCUGUUCUAAUGUGUUUCCGACAUAGGGAAGUUGUGCUGCUGACUAGAUCUUCUUGAAUGUUGAUAAAAAUGAAUGACUACUACAAUAAUUUUGUGUUGCUUGUUGGAUGAAUUUGCAUGUUAACUGUAGGCCAAUAUAGAUUUGCCUUUAAAAACUCUGGAAGAGCUACAUAGUCAUCAUUAGUUUCUAUUAAUUAUGCAUCAGAAAAAAAAAAAAGCCAUUUGUUACCAAACUGGAAAACCAGAGGCUUUUCUUAAUGACUUCAACAUACUGUAACAAAUAGGAAUUUAAAUUCGUGAAAAUUCUCUGGUUGCUCUAAGCAUAAUUAAGAAUUUUUGUAAUGAAUAGGUUGCUAAUUAUUUAUUAUAGCUAAAAAGGAAAAAAAAGGCAUAAAAUGACCUUCUACAGAUUAGAUUUUUGUUUCAUAAAACACAACAAAUCAAUGUUUUAUGUAAAAUAUUAAAAUAUUAAUAUAAAAUGUAUGAAUAAAAAUCUAAAUCCAGAAAAUGGCCAUCCUAAAAGUUUAUGGAACAGAUUAUAUUAAUUAAACCAGGACUAUGUAGAAGUAGAAAGAAAAAGAAAAUCUUUUUUUAACCAGAACAAAUAUUAAAAACCAUUGCAGAAAAUUGUGGAUUUUGGAUUCCAAACAUUUUCAACAGUGUAAUGGAAAUUUUUCUGUAAUUUUCUUAUCACUGGGUAUUUUAUAAAUAUUCAUUGAGUUUAACAAAAGUUACUGUAGCUUAAAAGGUUUUGUGAGCACUAACUAUUGGCAGAAACUGCACUUGCAAAUAAAAAUAAAUGUUUGCCUUUUUCCCAAA